CUGACUGACUGCACAUAUGGCUGCUGCACGCUGAUUCGCGCCCAGUCGGAGUCUAGGGCUGAGACCGAAUCAAGAUGCCGAGCUGAAAAGCGAAUCAUCAUAUACAGCAGCUUGAGUAUGAUGUCCCGCUUUGCUGGGGCCCGUACCGAGGCGGCGGCUCGCCGCGCCUCUCCGUCGGUACAGUCACGACGGUUUACUGUACGGUAUAUAGCUCCUCUUCUAAAUACGCGGCAACGUCACGCAACGUCUGCAAAACCUUCUGAUGCGCUCUUCCGGCGGUGGAGGACGAGUACGGGUUGCGCUACCGCCGUUAUCGCUCUUGUGGUACUUGAGCACUCGCAUUCACGAUUCGUAUAGUCUGAUAAAGUCAAAGUGCUGCACACUUGGCUCUUAGCUGGGAAAUCAGCUGCCGCUCGGCGUCGCUACGUGCUCACAAUGCAAUU